AUGCUGGACCUCGGCACACUCCUGCUGGCUUGUGGCGUGCUGUUAAUCGGGGCGCCCCUCUUGCUGAUCCUCCUGUUGAGGUUCAGAGCUGCCCAAUCGGCAGCAAACUCUCAGGUCACCAAGGCGUUGAGAGGGCAGGAAACAGUGGCAUUUUUCCAUCCUUACGCAAACGCCGGCGGUGGCGGCGAGCGAGUUCUGUGGUGCUGCAUACGAUCUGUGCAGCAAAACCACCCAGGUGUGGCCUGCGUGGUGUACACAGGGGACACGGAUGUGACCGCCGCAGGGUUGCUUGAGACUGCACAGCAACGAUUUGGCUUGACUAUCAAUGCCGCAGGUGUCCAUUUCGUCUUCUUAUCCAAGAGGCACUGGGUUGAGGCUUCCUCAUGGCCUCGCUUCACGCUGAUCGGACAGAGCUUGGGCUCGCUGGUCCUCGGCUGGGAGGCAAUCUGCCAAUUCCAGCCAGACGUGUACAUAGACUCUAUGGGCUACGCCUUCACGCUGCCCUUGUUUCGCUUGCUGAGCAGCUGCCGCGUUGGGUGCUACGUUCACUACCCCACCAUUUCGACAGACAUGUUGGAGCAGGUUCGUGGCCGCAGAAGUGAUGUCGCGUGCAAUGAUGCCAUGGUCGCGCGCUCUAGCAUACUUUCCGCGGCGAAGUUGCUGUACUACAAGGCGUUUGCCACACUUUAUGGGAUGGCCGGGAAAUCUGCAGACGUGGUCCUCGUCAACUCUUCUUGGACUCGCGGCCACAUCGACACUUUGUGGGCAGUGCCGGACAGGACUUGCACAGUCUACCCGCCUUGCGACACAGCAGUCUUGGCAGGGUUGCCUCUCGAAAGGGCAGCCAAGGACUUCACUGGCAAGCUGGUGCUUUCCCUCGCCCAGUUUCGACCAGAAAAAAACCACGCCCUCCAGCUUCGGUCCUUCGCCAAGUACAGACAGCAGAAGACGGGCAGUGGAAGUCCAGAUGUGCGGCUUAUCCUGGCUGGAGGAUGCCGAGACGAUGGCGACCGCCGGCGGGUCGAGGCCUUGCAGAAGCUCUGCAGCGAGCUGGGGUUGCACGAGGAGGGUAAGGAGGGCGAUGGUCGAGAGUGGGAUGUCAGCUUCCGGACCAAUGUGCCCUUGAAGGAGAUGCAAAUCCUGUUGUCUCAAGCGGAUGUGGGUCUUCACACCAUGCGUGACGAGCACUUCGGAAUUUCGGUGGUGGAAUUUAUGGCUGCCGGCGCCGUUGUCAUCGCUCAUAACUCUGCUGGUCCUGCCAUGGAUAUCGUGACACCUCUGGCAGAUGGACGGCGGACCGGUAUGCUCGCAAGUGAUGAUGCGGACUAUGCUCGCAAACUUCGGGAAGCUUUAGACGAGACAAGUACAGAAGAUCGACGCAAGAUCGCUGAGGCUGCUCGAGAGGCAGUCCGGGAUCGCUUCUCACAGGAAGCCUUCGAGGAGAUCGUGGCCCAGCGUCUCAUUGCACCGCUGAGGAAACCUCGGCAAAAAAACACGUGA